AUGCUGUCCAAGACCUUCCUUACUGCGCUCCUUCUGGCGCCCGGUGUUCUCAGUGCCGUCCUGCCCAACGUCAAUGCUGGUGCCGACCUUGCUACCCGCUACGCUUCAGCCCCGACCGUUGAUGCUACGGACGCAGAUGAGUUCCGUAAGCACCACGGCAAGAAGCAUCACCACAAGGGUCAUAAGGGUUUUGCUCCCCGUGAUACAGAGGAGGUCGAUGCUCAGGACGAGGACCUCCGCAAGAAGCACCACGGAAAGAAGCAGCACCACAAGGGCCACAAGCAUCACGAGCAUGGUCCUCGUGAUGUCGAGGAUGCCGACGAAGCGGAGGACGCAGAGUUCCUGAAGAAGCACCAUGGCAAGAAGCACCACCACAAGGGUCACAAGGGAUUUGCUCCCCGUGACGUUGAGGAGACUGAGGCGACCGAUGAGACCGACGCUACGGAUGCUGAUGCCAAGCACCGGCACCACAAGCAUCACAAGGGCCACAGGGAGCACGAGCACGGUCCCCGCGACGUCGAGGAAACCGAUGAGGCCGAUGAGGACUUACGCAAGAAGCACCACGGCAAGAAGCACCACCACAAAGGCCACAAGCACUUCUAA